AUGGAUCUUUAUGAAAAUCAUUCAAGACUUCAACAUCAGAGACAGAAGAAGGCUUUUGGGAUGACAUUCAUGGAGUUUCAUAGAUGGUGGCAAGUUACAUUGCUACUUGUGUCUUUGCUUUUAUCAUCUAGGGUUGAAGGCUCACAGACUCAUUAUGAGCACAAUUCAUUGGAUUCCUUUCUUCGCAUGAAAGCAAAUCAAGAGAUAGAAAAGCCUAGAACUGGUGUUUUCUACAAUAUUUCCCCUCCUUCUAACUUAACAGGCAUGGAAGUUUCAGUUGUUAGAUUGCGCAGUUUUUAUUUAUGGUCAAGAGGAACAAAUUACAGUUUCGUCAAUCUUCCACCUCGAAUUAUGCCACGACCUAUUCAUAAAAGAAUAGCCAUUUUAUAUGAAAACUUGGGCAAUUGGUCUUCGCAUUACUACAAUGUGCCUAACCACAGAAUGGUGGCUCCAGUUUUUGGUGUUAUGGCUUACAGUUCUUCAAAAUCAACAUUCAUAGAUGAGAAGGUUAACUUUACCAUCUAUGGUGAUCCCAUCAAAAUUUGGUUUCCUCAUGUUGAUGAACAUGGAAGAAAUGGCACUCCAAUUUGUGCCGUGUUUAGUGAUAAUGGGUUGGUGAAAUUACAAAACAUGACUAAACCAUAUGUUUGUGAAGCACAUAGCCAAGGACAUUACACUCUUGUAAUUCCAUUAUUCCUUUCUCCAAAUGAACCUCAUUCUCAGAGUCAAGGGAAAAGAUUUACCACAUGGUGGGUGUUGGGGUUUGUAGGGCAAAAUGGUCCAGAAGAAAAGAGAGUGGGCCCCACCGUGUGUGGCGUUGUAAAGAAAGAGCAUGUGAAUGCGGGGACACGUCAUUUUGUCGGUAGCGAGAAAGGAAGACAUUGGAAGAGAAAAGAUGAGACCACGUCACAACCCAAAUCCACCGUAAAAAUCGCAUCCUCCAGACAAGAUCAACGGUCAUCGUUUCCAUCUGACGUGUUUCCUUUAAUGCUCGCGUCACACCCCACUAGGCCCACUCACAUGCAAUGCAACAACCAUCAUGUUUAUAUGAAGAAUCGUCUUCGAAAUUAUUUUGAGGGUUUUAGUUACACUUUUCAACAGCCCAAACAAAACAUUCAUUUGCGUUUGAUUUUAAGAAAAAGGUUCGAAAUUUUUUAUGUUGUAUAA